CACUCUCUUCGCACACAUCAAUUUCAGUUGAGCUCGGACCUUGAUCAAUUGCCGUACAAGUUAUAUAGUUGUAGUAGUACAGUGUGUACAAGUUAGUUAGUGUUAAGUAUGCGAACGCGCUGCGCCCAGAGAGUUCGGACGACGGCUCGAUAAUAGGCAGAAUAAAUAGGUUACAUAACAGCAGAGUGUGAAUCACACGAAAAACCAUAGCAACAACAUCAAUAGCAACAAAGAUGGCGCCCGAAUUUGCGUCCGAUCCGACGGCAAACAACCACGACAAGCUCAAGAGUCGCGUCAACGUUACCACUUCCUCGCAGUUUCCUACCAACUCUCAGACGAGUCUGACCACGUCGAGGAAGACAUCGGUGAGCAGCUCAUCAACGUCGCAAGUCUACCUGGUCAAAUCGAAUCUGAACGAACUGAAGAACAACAUUUCGGAGAUGAAGAGCAUCGACUUCAACAACAUCAAGAAGAGUCUGGAGAAUCUGGUGGACGCCGACGAUGAUCCUCAGCCGAAGAUCACCUUCCCCGACGAUACUCCGGUUCCAUCGGAGAUCGGAUCACCGACGAACACCAUGGAUACCAUCAAGUUCGAACAGAAGACGACGAACAACAUUCGCACAUCUAAAAUGGUGAAGGAUGGGUUGUGCGCGAAGAAAGCCAGCGCCAACUUCGAGGAGAGCAAGAGGAUGGAGACCGGGGACGUCUCUUACGAGGAAAACAGUCAGGCCAAGGCCUCCCACGCCAAACUCGAGGUCGACGGAAUCUCCACUGAAAAAUCCAGGAUCAAAGCCACCGAGGCCAGGUCGCUGAUAACGCCGGAUAAGGUCCAGCAGGAGAUGAAAAACAUGGCGCACACCAGUGUUAAGGUGACGACCGAUACGUUCAGCGCGGGGAAUUCGGCGACGGAGGCCCAGCAGGAACGGCAAAUGGUAACAUCGAGCGGCCUCUACAACACAUCAAAGCACACAUCCAGUUCACAGUCUAACUACACUUACAAAAAAGGCAUUCACACCUCAACCAGUUCCAUGCUACAAACUAACUCACAAUUUCAGUUGAUGAACGGUAACGACGAACUGGUGAACAUGCCUCUGACCGAUCUCGAAUGCCUGACGACGACGUCCAGUCGCGACGAGGUGGAUAAAACGAUUACAAAGUACGAGAAAUGCUUGGCGAAGUUGAUCAGCUGCUUGAGGCAGAAGGAUCUCGGCGCGAAAUCGUCGCUGUACCUGAACAAGAUCAACGACAUCAUGCACAAGGCGUGGGCGGUGCCGACGCACGGUCACGAUCUGGGCAACGCCCUCUGCGACGCCCUCAGAGACGGCGGUGGCUUGGAUCUGCUGAUGGACAACUGCAACAAGGACGAUCGCGAUCUGAGGUUUUCGACUGCCAGAGUGCUGGAGCAAUGUCUGACAUCGGAGAACAGAGCGUACGUGGUGAAGAACGGUCUGGACAAGGUGGUGAAGGUGGCGUGCUUCUGCACGAACAACAACACCGUGGAGCAUUCGCGCGUCGGCACCGGAAUCUUCGAGCAUCUCUUCAAGCACAGCGAGGAGACUUGCAGCGACGUAGUCAGAUACGGAGGAUUGGACGCUCUCCUCUUCGAAUGCAGGAAGAGCGACGUGGAGACUUUGAGGCAUUGCGCUGGGGCUCUGGCGAAUCUGAGUUUGUACGGUGGAACUGAAAACCAGGAGGCUAUGAUCAAGAAUAAAGUGCCGAUGUGGCUGUUCCCUUUAGCGUUCCACAACGACGAUAACAUCAAGUAUUACGCGUGUUUAGCUAUAACCGUUUUGGUGGCGAACGCCGAGAUUGAAUCGGACGUUCUUCAAUCCGGUACUUUGGAGCUGGUCGAACCGUUCGUGACUUCGCACAAUCCUUCGGAUUUUGCCAAGAGCAACUUGGCGCACGCUCACGGUCAAAGCGAGACCUGGUUGAGGCAUCUGGUGCCGGUGCUCAAGUCGAAACGCGAAGAGGCGAGGAAUCUGGCUGCUUUCCAUUUCUGCAUGGAAGCGGGAAUCAAGGAGCAGCAAGGCAACACGAAGAUCUUCAACGAGAUCGGAGCUGUGGAAUCGUUGAAGACUGUCGCGAGUUGUCCGAACGCUGUGGCAUCGAAAUACGCAGCGAAAGCGCUUCGUUUGAUCGGCGAAGAAGUCCCGCACAAGUUGAGUCAACAAGUACCUUUGUGGUCUGUGGAAGAUGUAGUUGAAUGGAUCAAACAGAUCGGAUUCAACGAGCACGCUUCAAGUUUUAACGAUAGCCGCGUCGACGGUGAUUUGCUCUUCAAACUCACUGAAGAAAACCUGAAAGAUGACAUCGGUUUAUCGAACGGUAUCAAACGCAAGAGAUUCUUCCGCGAAUUGGAGAAGCUGAAGCGGAUGGCCGAUUACAGUUCGCGCGAUGCGGCGAACAUCAAUCAUUUCCUGCAGAGUCUGGGACCCGAGUUCAGCAUCUACACGUACAGCAUGCUGAACGCGGGCGUCGAAACCAAAGACAGUUUGCGCGGUCUCUCCGAAGAUCAACUGAGUCAGGAGUGUCACAUCAAGAACUCGAUACAUCGGGCGCGGAUCAUGGAGGGAAUUCGACUGUUCGAUAAGACGAUCCUGUCGAAUAUGAAGGACGACAACAUCGAUAAGUCUCUGGACGUCUUCGUCAGUUAUCGCAGAUCCAACGGAUCGCAGUUGGCUAGUUUGCUGAAGGUGCAUCUUCAGUUGAGGGGUUUCAGCGUUUUCAUCGAUGUUGAGCGAUUGGAGGCGGGGAAAUUCGAUAACAAUCUGCUGCAGAGUAUACAGAAAGCCAAGCACUUCUUGUUGGUGCUGACGCCGAACGCUCUGGAACGGUGCAUCGGGGAUGCGGAGAAGAAGGAUUGGGUGCAUCGCGAGAUCGUCGCCGCUUUGAGCGCUCAAUGUAACAUCAUUCCGAUCGUCGACAAUUUCGCGUUUCCCGACGUCGAGGAACUGCCGGAAGAUAUGAGACAGGUGUGCCACUUCAACGCCGUCAAAUGGAUUCACGAUUAUCAGGACGCGUGCGUGGACAAAGUCGAAAGGUUCAUGAGAGGUGAAAACAGGAAUGACGGUGUCCUGACGAGGACGGGCGCUCCGGGCACGCCUUCCGCUGCGUUACCAAGGCAACCUCCUAGUUACCAACGGAUGCAUAGCAACGACUCCGGGAGCGGCAAGGGGAGCGACAAAGACGUGAACGGGAAUUCUGGUCUUCGGGAUUGACUAGAUGGUCCCCCCGCCUCGGUUACCCCCCUACCUAGAUUAUAUAAAUCAUCGAGUCCUUCGAGGAAUUGGCUGAUGACGCCAAACACGAAGCACCUGAAGGGUCUUCCGCCUCAGUACCCG